AAACAAGUGAGUAGUGAAAAAGUCUCCCCGGUGAAUGAAAGAGAGAUUCAAGAAGAGCCUCUGUUGUGAAACAUACUUCUGUGAUUAUGGAUUCAACUAACAGCAAAAAGAAAAAAGUAGUUGUUGUUGGUGGAGGAUUGGUGGGUGCAUUAAAUGCUUGCUUCCUUGCAAAGAGAGGUUUCCAAGUUGAUGUCUAUGAAGCCAGGGAAGAUAUUCGUGUUGCAGAAUUUGCCCGUGGAAGAAGUAUUAAUUUGGCCCUUUCUCAUAGAGGACGUCAGGCUCUUAAAGCCGUCGGACUAGAAGAGCAGGUUGUGUCCAAGGGCAUUCCUAUGAGAGCAAGAAUGAUUCAUUCUUUUAAAGGAAAAAAAUUUGCAAUUCCUUAUGGGACAAAAAAUCAGUAUAUUCUUUCUAUAAGUAGAGAACAUCUAAAUAAAGACCUGUUGACUGCUGUUGAAAAAUACCCCACUGCAAAAGUGCACUUUGGCCACAAGUUGUUGAAUUGUAAACCUGAAGAAGGCAUAAUCACUCUUCUUGGAUUUAAUCAGGAGCCUGUAGAAGUUACUUGUGACCUCAUUGUAGGAUGUGAUGGAGCCUAUUCAACAGUCAGAACACAGUUCAUGAAGCGGCCUCGGUUCAACUACAGUCAACAGUAUAUUCCUCACGGGUACAUGGAACUGACUAUUCCACCUAAGAAUGGGGAGUAUGCCAUGGAACCUAAUUAUCUACACAUUUGGCCAAGAAACACUUUCAUGAUGAUUGCACUUCCUAACCAGAACAAAUCCUUCACCUGUACUUUGUUCAUGCCCUUUGAAGAUUUUGAAAAGCUCACCACAGGUAGUGAUGUGUUGGAUUUCUUCCAGAAGUACUUCCCAGAUUCCAUCCCCCUAAUAGGAGAAGAAGCACUGAAGCGAGAUUAUUUUCUGCUGCCAGCCCAGCCUAUGAUAGCUGUCAAGUGCUCUGCAUUCCACAUUGGUUCCCAGUGUGUACUCAUGGGAGAUGCGGCACAUGCAAUCGUGCCCUUUUUUGGACAAGGCAUGAAUGCGGGCUUUGAAGACUGUUUGGUAUUUGAUGAGUUAAUGGAUAAAUUCCAUAAUGACUUAAGUGCUUGUCUUCCUGAAUUCUCAAGACUUAGAAUCCCAGAUGACCAUGCUAUUUCCGACUUGUCCAUGUACAAUUACAUAGAGAUGCGAGCACAUGUCAAUUCAAGAUGGUUCAUCUUCCAAAAAUACAUCGAAAAAUGUCUUCACACAAUUAUGCCAUCUACUUUUAUUCCACUCUACACUAUGGUCCAUUUUUCCAGAAUACAAUACCAUGAAGCAGUUCUACGGUGGAAUUGGCAGAAAAAGGUUAUAAACAAAGGACUCUUUUUCUUUGGGACAGCAAUAACCAUAAGUGGUACCUACUUAUUUAUAACUUACAUGUCACCAAUGGUUCAACUGAAGAUGCUAUGGAACUGGAUCAUUUCCUUCAAGAGCACUGCAAACCUCUAUUUGAAACUUCCAAGGAAUUAAAAAGCAAAUUCUAGAUCGCAAUAGUGGCUGUUACACAAAAGUUAUCUGAUGGCAGAUGGUUGGUGUGAGAAAUGGGUAGUUGUCUCCUCUCAAUGUGGAUAUAACAGCCAGUCAUACUCCCCUGACCUGUUAGUCGGACAAAGGUCUCAGAUCCCCUCCUCCCCCUCAGGUUAGCAAGGUCACAUGG